AUGCAUGCGACAGCGGGACAAAAGGACCUGUGUUCAACAUCAGAGCUUGCCAUCACGGAAUGGAGAGAAGGUCCGGGUCGAAGGAGCAAGGGAAGUAAAAGCAGAUUUAAAGAUCUUACUGAGACGCUAAUCAUCACCCUCUCGCGGGCCGUCGGCUGGGACGGCAACGAAGCUAAGCCGUGGAAAGAACACGCCAAUGGAGACACUAUCUCAAAUGGACGUCGAACCACGUCCACAGACGGGAUCAAGACCGACAGAUGGGAAACACUCCUCGUUCGUGGCUCAGUGUCAGACGUCGAACUCGGACACCAGCCCCCCCCCCAAAACAACCUUGAGGGUCCGCGCCACAAAUCGUUAAGCUCCAUGGAUUGA